GUGACAUGCGCUUUAACUUGGGUUGAUGUUUCAGCAACUCAGGACAACCGGUUAGGCAACAACUAUUUUCGCUAAAUAACACCCGGAAUUUUAACAACCACUUGUAGAUAUUAAACGUAGUUUCCUGACUCACACAACUCACGCGACGGCCUGCUUUCGGAAUCAAGAUUGGAAUUCAAAAUGGACUUUCUACGUAAUCUGGGCGACCCAAAACAUGUGAAGCAUUUUCAAGAAUUUUGUGGACUUAAAACGCUGACUAGAAAACGGUGUGACAACGGACACGCCCACGACGUCCGUGACAUUUCAGAUUACAAUGUGAUUUAUGCCAAUCACUGCUCAGGUAGACUAACAAGAAAUGGUAUUAAAAAUGGUUAUUCUUCUAAAUCAAAGGCGGAUACAAAUGGAUUUAUUAAAAAGGAUGAAAUAAAAGAUAUUAAUUUUAAUGGAAUAGACUCGAAUAAUAAAAAUGGAUAUCAUAAUAAUAGUAAUAGUGUCAAUAAUAAUCUACAUAUGAAUUCGAAUGGCCAUUCUUGUAAUGGUAAUUUAUUAAAAAAUGGUAUCACUGUGCUAAAUGGUGUUAAAAAUGGUAGCCCAACAGUCCACAGUAAUGGCACUAAAAAUGUUCUGCCUGAAUACAAAGUGAAAUAUGCGUUACCUUAUUACAUAGCCAUGUUUGGCUCGUUUUUAGGAGAUGAACUUUUUUACCUUACUUUUUAUCCUUUCCUGUUAUGGAACAUGGAUUCUGUUUUGGCAAGAAAAACCAUAUCUGUUUGGACAUUAGUAAUGUUUAUUGGUCAAGCCACGAAAGAUUACCUUAAAGUGCCACGUCCCCCGUCACCACCGGUCGUCCACCUUGAAACCCAUCAUCUGAGGGAAUUUUCGCUGCCUUCAACACAUGCCAUGGCUGGAACUGUCAUGCCAAUAAUGAUGGCAUAUUUGCUUUUAGAGCGAUAUGAGUUUCCAUUUUGGUUGGCCGUUGGUUGUAUUCCUGUAUGGACACUCAUUGUUUGUUUAAGUCGCUUGUAUCUUGGUGUUCAUUCCAUACUGGAUGUAAGUGUUGGUGUCAUUUAUACACUGCUUAUCAUAGCAGUAACGCUGCCAGUUGUUGAUGGUUUCGACAAUUUUCUACAGAUGCAUCCACUUUCACCCGUCAUUAUCUGGAUGAUUGGGUUGGCUAGCUGCACGGUUUGUUAUCCAGCAGAAGGUAAAGACAUAGCUAAAGGAUCUGGUGUUCGCAUCGUCGCCAUUUACAUGGGACUUUCCACAGCGAUUUGGUUGAAUUAUCAGAUGGGUGUGUCAACAUUACCCACCAAGCCCACACCAUAUCAUGUUAUGACACCAUCUUUACAAUGGCUGAUCCUGUCACUCUUAAGGUUUGUGCUUGGAACAGUUGUUUUAGCUGUUAGUAAAACAAUUUUACAAAAAUGUAGCGUCCAAUAUUUUUCAUAUUUAGCUAACCUUGACAAGCCAAAUAAACUCCAUCCAUCCGUCGAAACAGGUUAUAUUAUCGUCACUUAUUCCAUUUUAGGAAUUCUAUUACAAUUUGGAAUACCUUUCAUGUUUAAAUGUUUGGGAAUAUCCAGAAAUGCCAUUUUGGAAAUUCACUAACAAUAAUAUAUUGCCAUUAUUUUCUGUUUUGUCUAAUUAAUUGAAUAAUAAUCACAAGCAAUUUAUAGUUUUUAAUUAAAAUUUAUGAUGAAGAUUUAUUCCUAAAGCAAUUUCUAUUAUUUCAUAUCACAGCUAGCUUUAGGUUUACAUAAAUUUAUUGAGAACAAUAUCUCAUUAUCAUGCUCUAUUUUGUCUCAUGCUUUAGUCACUUUUUUUAAUGUAUUUCUUGCAUGUUUAGCCAAAAUAAAUAAUUUCUACUUGUUUUUCCACUGCAGACUUAUCUAUUCAAAUACGUGUAUUUAAGAAUAUUUUUCACCUCAUUGACUUAAUAUUAGGUCUUAAUUUAAUUUCUGUUUUUUUGGAGGUUUCACUUUGCCAUUUACCUUAAAAUUAUUGUAUAGAAAACAAAAUGAAAUACAGAUUAUUAAAGAGAUUGAUGUGGACAUGUGAUUAAUUCUUUAUCUGCUAGAAUAUUUCAGAUACAACAUAAUCAUUUAAUCAUCUUUAUAAUAUUUUAAUAAAUGUUACAAGAUUACAAGAAUAUAUUUGUCAUGCUAUCAUUAUUAAUUCAUUAAUACAUUAAACCACAUCAUUUAAUACAUUAAUUUGUCUGGAUAAUUUUAAAGAUGAUUUAUAAAUAUUCCAAUCCAGUAAUUGUCUGAAAUUAACCAAUCUGUGACAGAAUUGAUUUUAAAAAUAGAAAAUUACCUACGGUAAUUAUAAUAUAAUAAGGGGAAUACUUGUAUGACGGUAGCCAUUAAGAUUAGUUACCUUUUAUUAUGUGUACCAAGGUAGUUCAGUCCAUUCAAUAUUUAUUUUUACAUUUGAAUAUAUUAUAGAUAUUGAAACUUUAUCAUAAUGUAGCCUAUUCUAUCCUUCUUUUCUAUUAUUUAGAUCUUAUACAUCAUUCAGUUACAUAUACUGUAUAUUCUCUUUGCUAAUGUAUAGUUUGUUGUAACGCGAGACACAUGCAGGACUUUGUGAGUUUAGAUGUUAACUAGUGUAUCAAACCUUAAAUGUUGGCUCUGAUCCCAUAAAAAUGUGGGGCUGUGAUUGUCGAGCAAUAAGGACACUGGACUUCAAUGUGUGGGCAGAGAAGAACCAUGCCAUCAGAAUUUUGAAAUCUGGGCUUCACUUGUUAGGGGUGGCGUGGAAAGCGCACCUAGUCUUCCCGUGGGAUGAAAAAUUAGUCCUUCUUAUCAGUAUGAAAUUAUUAAGUAUUUGUUAUUCAACCAGGCUUGUAAACCCCAUUUAUUUUUAGAAAUUUGUUUAUAUAUAUAUGCUACUGAUAGAAAUUGAUACUAUCAUAGUAAUUAGAUUUGUUAGUUGCUCUUCCUCAACAUUUUAUAAAUCUUCACUGUGUUAAGUGCAAAAUGUAGCCUACUACAAUGUGUUCACCUGUGACGACUCAAUAGAAGAAAACGAAUUGAGGUUUACGAUCUCAAUGCUUUGAUCACAUGCCGUAACUUUUAUACCUAUGGUUAUCAGGGCAACAAUUUUGCAUGUAGAGCAACUGAUUUUUAAAUUCCAAUUGGCCAGGGAUAUCCACAACCAAUUUAUUCUGUGUGGACCUGGAUCAGUGCCCAGUGGUUGCAUCAAAAGUUUCAAUUCUUUGUCUAGGCUAUUUAUCUUGGGUGAAUACGUGUAUAUUAUUCUACUUUUAACACUUAACAGGGUUGAAGAUGGUUUAUUUGAGAAGUUUCCCAUUUUGAUUAAUAUUUAUACAUUUAUUUAUGGUAUGCAACAUGUUUAUUGCACUGAUUCAAUAUAUCAUGGUCAGAAGUUCAAUACAAAGAAAUCUGUUUCAUUAGUUUCGUUUUAAAACCAAUAAAUAGACAUAAAUCUUUCAAUCAAUCAAUUUAAUACAUAAUUAAACAUUGACAGAUUUUGAUCAUCUUUUUGAUAUAUAAUUUAUGGGGUAGUCUUAUUUUAUAAUUCAAAAUGACCUGAUUUUUAUACCUUUCAUUCUUAUAUUUUUUACCUUUGAAACUCUUACAGAUCUAUAUAUUUUAUUGAUAUUUCAUAUUUUCUUAAUAAAUUAAACUUGCAUCCUUACUUUGGCAACACCAAUACGGUCUUUAAUUCUUUGUGAUUCCUGCACAUAUUCUUUACAUCGCAUUCACAGAAGCAAUGUAUUCCAUCUAUUACAACUUUUGGGAGUUAAAGCUGCUGACACAGUCAUUUGAAGGAUUUAGAGUUCCUUUUCAAACUAGAAUACUGGGCAAGUUGAAUCUCUAAAAGGUAUAUCGAUCCAAAAAUUAACAGUUCAAUUUACAUUUUCACACAGAUUAAGUUGUGAACAAUGAGAUAUUGUCCGAAUAAUGGCAUAGUCAGAUAUCUUGCCCAGGGUUCCCAAUAAACAAUAAGAUAUGUAAUAAUUAAACAACUAUGUUACGUCCUGUAGCUGGUCCAGCAUUAGAACAAAACAUCUUGUUUUAAAAUGAGAAUAUUUCUCAUCAUAUGUUAUUGUGCCUUUAAUAUCAACUUUAGAUAUUGUAUUUUAUAUGUCGUAAAUUGUUCAAUUUUUUUUUUCAUAUUACAUUUCAUUAUUAGUAAAUAUUUAUUAAUAUGUAUAUUUUAUUACGUAUAUCUUAUUAUCCAGUGGAGGCAUUUAUGUGAAUCAUAAUAAUGUUACUCCACACCAAUUUGAUUUUCUGGGAACACCUGUCAAAAAAUUCCAUCUUAUUUAUACGGGAAAAAGUCUUAUUUAAAAACCAAAAGUACUUGAUUGUGCUGUUUAAAAGCAUUUGGUUCCAAAUAUUUAAAGGAGGUAAAUCUGUAACUCAAAAUCAUCCACAAUCUUCGACAUGACAAACAACACUUAUUGGUCAAUUUAAAUCAACAUUGAUGUUGUUAUCUUACCGUGAAAAGAUGUGCUUCUGAUAUCAAAUAUUUAAGAUAAAAUGAAAUUUGCGUGCCAGAAUGCUGUCAAGCACCAUUUGUAAUGAAGUGACUCGAUGAACGAGGCUAAACAUACCACAGGGGAGAAUACUAGACUGGAAUAAGCAGACACUAAAGACUGUCAUUCAAUUUGGACAUUACUGAUUAGAAAUUACAGUAUAAAUAGAAAGAUUGAAUGUAAAUCAAUUUAUAUGCAUUCAUAUUACAUUAUUAUAUUCGUUUCGACCCAUUUCUAGUUGCCAAAGAAUAGAGAUUUAGGUCCUUUAAGUUGUGAUAUUUUAAACAAAACAUCUUUCACGUGAUUCAAUUAUUUAUUCAUGAAAAUCCAGAGGAAAGAAAAUCAAAUUGGUGUGUACAUGUGAAUGUAGUAUUUACUAAUUUUUGUACAUCUUGAUAAAUGUACAGCUUGUUACUAUCUUUAAAUGUAAAGUAUAUUACUAUUUGUAAAUCUUAGUCAAUUUACAGCUUAUUUAGUAUUUUUACAACUGUUAGUGAGCGUAAAACAUAAUAUACUACUUAUUAGUAAAUGUUGGGGUUUUUAUUACUUAAUCUUAAUGUACAGCUUAUUACUAGCUUUACAUCUUAGUAAAUACCAAAUGUACAGCCUAUUAUUAGUACGUUUAUAACUUUAAUAAGUAAACAUACAGUUUAUAAUCAGUACCGGGUGUUUAUUAAUCAUCAGACAUGUCUUUGAUUGAUUUGAUAUAAUAUAGAGACCACAUUUAUUGUAUUGCAUGUACACUAUGUCAUAUAAUACCUUCUCUCCACAGUAUUGGGCCAGAGAAGUUAUGAUCUUUGAUGACUUAUUUUACAGAUUUGUGAUGUCUGUUUAAAGGGGUUAGGUUAAAGUGACGAAUUGAGUUGAUGUGAAUGGACAACAUACAUGUAUGUCCGAAUAUAUUUUCAUAUUGAAAUAUUAAGCGGUAAUCAGUUUAAACUGGCAGUCUUUGUUUUUUGCCCAAAUCGACCUGGAAAAGUAGCCCUUUAUAUAUUAAAUGGUUAAUUAAGUUUUUUAGACAUGAUCAUAUUUACUUAUGAUUAACUUUAGUUAUGUGAUAUGAUGCCAUUUAAGCAGUCAAUUGAAUGUGGACUUUGUUUACUUUAUUAAAACAUAAACCACACAACAAUAUCUGUAUAAGCUAGCAUGUUAUAUAUUAAUAGCAAAUAUCAUAUUAAAAAACAGAAUUACCUCCCUUUGAAUAUCUUACAUAGCUGGGACAGUGUCAACAGUGGCUACCUAUUAUUAAAAAUCCAAUACUAUCCCAUUAUCAGAUAAUAUUAUAUAGUACAAUUCUCUGUAAUAUUUUACCAUAUCAGGACUAGGAAGUGAUUACAUUGUGUGGUAUUUGAAAUAAUAUAUUUUGUAAUGUGUUGUUCACCUAUUAGCCCAUUGUGUAUAUAUAUAUAUAUAUAUGUAUCUACUUGUAAUUGAAUGUAGAAUUGUACUUCUAUCCAAUAUCGACUUGUUGUCAAUUAAUGUAUGGCGCUAAAAUUUUGUGUUUCACAGCAUUUUUUAUUAUUUAUACUAUAUUUAUACUAUUCAAACUUAAACUUAUCCACAUUCCAUAUUCGCGGUUAAUACUGGUCAUAGCAAAAUUUUUAGGAAUUAUGGAAAUGGUUUUUCUGACUUCUGUCGAAUGAUUUCCAAGAUUUAAAAAAUCUCAUGGAAAGACGAUAGGAUGGCUGUAACCGAUUCCAUAUAAAUAUAUUAUUUGUUAAGAUAACUUACAUAACGAUAGCAAUAUACAAGGGUUAUCCUUAUAAUGUGAACUCAACAGCAUAAAACAAAUUAAUGAUAGUUGUUUUUUGAUACAACUCCUCAGGAUUUAAAAUUGGUGUCACUAUGCAUGUUAUAUGUAUGUUGGCUUGAGAAAGGAUCCCUUUAGAAAUCCUCCAAAAUAAGGGUUGGAUAUUUAAUUAAAAAUUUAAUAGGAAAUAACCCAAGGAAUGUUUAAAUUCGGUUGUGUGCAUAAUGGGUAAGUUAUGUUUGAAAUUAACAAAAAUGGGUUUUUCAUGAUGUUGUUUUUCUAUAACGACGGACAUAAACCUAAAAAGUGGGUACGACUGCACAGAUUUUGAUAUCUCCAAGUCAAACCUUAGUUGUCUUGAACACUGGUCUGAAGUUUAAUCUUAAGUCGUCAUUGUCUCAGAUCCUAAUUUUAAUGAGGUCAAGAAAAUCCGCUGAAAUAGAAUAAGAUUAAUUACAUGGUGUUAUUGGGAGAGUUUGUAGAUUUUUUGGGUUAAGAUAAACUAAAACUUUUUAAGAGAGCAGCCUUUUCAUUGGCUAACAGCUAAACUUUGUACUAGGAUUUUAACUCUAAACCAAUGAAAUGACCACAUCCUUAAAUUAUGAUCCCUGUAUUCUAAAACCCAUUUCAAAAAGAUAGGAUGAUACAUUGACUGGAUGUUAAAGAUAACACAUGACUUGAUGUUCAAGACAACUACUAUGUAAAUUAAUACAUUAUGUUUAUAUGCCCUAUUCUUACUACUCAAUAUAUGUUAUAUAUUAUUAUGAUGUUAUAAUUGUUAAUAUUAUAUAUAUUUGUGCCUUCUUUAUAUUUCUAUCUUCUUUAUAUUUCUAUCCUAUACCAGUAGUUUCCUUUUGUAAUUCCCACAUCAUUUGUUGUAAUUUUAAUAUUAUAAUGUCAAGAACAUUGUAAAGACAACUUUGUAAAGUGGAUAAACUUGAUAAACAAAGUUUAUUUGUAAUGUCAACAACAAUUUAUAAGUUCAGUAAUUUUGUAGUCAACAAUAUUGUAAAGCUGAUGAAUUAAAUUAGUACUUUGCAAAGUCAAAAAUAAAAUAACUGUCUACGUGAACAUCAUUGGAAGCUAUAACUAUGGAAUUGUGAUUAAAAUAUUGUGCAAUUAUUUGUAAAUCAGAUAUUUCAGUUUUAAUGAUGUUGUAAAUGAAACAAUAUUGUAAAUUAAAGACGGUUGUAAUAAAAUGUAGUUUGCAGUUUU